UUUCAGAGGCCAACGGAUGCGAGGGUCGGCCCAGUGGCUUCCCCUUCCCCAUCGGUGCUUUGAGCUAAGGCAAGGCGGAGAGAGCAGCAUCCAUUUUGCCUUGUUACUUGUUUUAGCCGAAUUUCAGUUGUGACUCGUGAGUUACAUAAUACAUAGUGGAAAUUUCUUAAGUUCAAUGCCAAGAAGCUUAUCCCGGUCUCGAUCUCGGUCUCCGUCGUACCGGUCGAGGCACAGCCGGCGAAGCCGAAGAGAGCAUACCAGGAGAAGCCGUUCAACCUCUCCACGUCGGCGUAGAAGCCGUUCGCCAUCUCAUCGACGCCGUAAAAGCCGCUCUCCAACUCCAAGGAGACACCGGAGGCGAACCUCCUUCUCUCCUUUGCCCAAAUCUCCCUCCCCAGCUAUUCCCGUCCAUCAAAAUAAUAGGCUUCAACAAGAGGCUGAACUGAAGUUAUUAGAGGAAGAGACCGCGAAGAGAUUGGAGGAAGCAAUUCAGAAAAAUGUUGAGGAGAGGUUGAACUCGGAGCAAGUUAAGUUGGAUAUAGAGAAGCGGAUAGUGGAAGGGCGUAAGAAGCUGUUGGAUGAUGUUACCAUGCAACUCGAAAAAGAAAAGGAAGCUGCUCUGGCGGAGGCAAGGCUAAAACAAGAACAAGUCCGGAGGGAGAGAGAGGAGCUGGAUAAGAUGCUAGAAGAGAACAGGAGGAGGGUGGAAGAGGCUCAGAGAAGAGAAGCCCUGGAACUACAGAGGAAGGAGGAGGAAAGGUACCGGGAGUUGGAGCUGAUUCAAAGGCAAAAGGAAGAGGCUGCUCGGAGGAAAAAGCUUGAAGAGGAAGAAGAACAUGCGAACCAGAUGAGUACGUCGGGUAAGAACAAGUCUAGACCGAAGGUGCCAUUCGGAAUUGGUUUGUAAUUCAUUCUGUUGGUCACACAGUCUUUCCUGUUUGUUAGGAAUCUCAAUAUGAAGUCUGAAUGCUUUAGUUCAUCACUUGUAUACCUUGACGACCCUGUUUGAUUAGCCAGAAAAGGAAAAUGGCACCUAUUUUCUUUAUUUUCUAUGUAGAAUUGCACGUGUGCAUGUGCGUGUGAGUUUAUUCCUUUCCCA